AUGGGACUCUCCAAAACCAACAGGAUCAUUAUCCUGCUUGUUAUCGACACGGCCUUCUUUUUCUUGGAGCUGAUCACCGGCUACGCCGUCCACUCGCUCGCUCUAGUUGCCGAUUCCUUUCAUAUGCUGAAUGAUGUACUAUCAUUAUGCGUUGGUCUGUGGGCCGUCAAGGUCGCCAACCAAGAGACCAAUUCGAAAAUGUACACUUACGGCUGGCAACGAGCUGAAACGUUAGGUGCAUUGGUCAAUGGAGUAUUUCUGCUCGCUCUAUGCAUGUCGAUCUUCCUAGAGGCGACUCAACGAUUGGUGGAACCUCAGGAAGUGCAGAACCCCAAGCUGGUCUGCAUUGUCGGUUGUUUUGGCCUCCUGUCGAACAUUCUCGGUCUGGCUCUCUUCCACGAUCAUGGCCACGCCCAUGGAGGCCAUGGCCAUGAUCAUGGUCACGGCCAUGACAAUGACAUCGAGUCGGCCCACGCGGAUCAUGAACAUAGCCACUCGGUGGUCACGGAUCACCAUAUCAAUGGUCACAACCACCCCGAAGCUCCCUUGCAACAUGGCCUCCCGCACCCCGCUACCGACCCCGCAUCGCCUUCUCGGAAGCGCCGUGUGACGGACUCCCAAAGCCGCGCCUCCAGACGAUACAGCACCUCUGGCCUAGCUAGUGCCGAGGAUAUCUACGCCCAUCCCGCGACCAUGCGACAAGAUAUCAUUGCUGCCAGUCGGAGCUCGUUUGACAAGGAAGAAUCGUCUGACUCAGACACCCGGGACGACGAAACUCCCACCGAGCACUCCGGCCUUCUCCGCCAUCGGGACCGUGUCUCGAACUAUACGGACGAGAAUGGUGGUCCGUUGAAGGCCCCCGGUCACGUUGAGGACGACCUACACAAGCACCACAACCACGCACAGCCCAAGCCCAAGGGCCAAAAGGGUGGCCACAGCCACGAUCUAAACAUGCGCGGAGUCUUCCUCCACGUCAUGGGUGAUGCGCUUGGCAAUAUUGGUGUGAUUGCCUCUGCAUUGGUUAUCUGGUUGACGGACUACAAAUGGCGUUUCUACGUGGACCCUGGCAUUUCGCUGGUCAUUACCCUCAUUAUUCUUGCUUCUGCAAUCCCUCUUUGCAAAGCCGCGUCGCGAAUCCUUCUGCAGGCUGUGCCAGCGGGAUUGAGUAUUGAUCAUAUCAAGGAAGAUAUUGAGGGACUCCCGGGAAUUAUUGGCUCACAUCAUCUUCACGUAUGGCAGCUGAGCGAUACCAAGGUUGUUGCCUCGAUCCACAUCCAGGUGGACACGGAAAUAAAGGGCGAGGGUUCGGAGAGAUACAUGCGUCUUGCUCGCCAAGUUCGACGCUGCCUCCAUGCCUACGGCAUUCAUUCCUCCACCAUCCAGCCAGAGUUUGCCCCCGACAGCGAUACCGAAGAGGGCCAGAAUCUUACUCAGGCAUCUUCAUCUCGAGCGGGCGCCGAUGAAGUGAAUCCCAGUAGAGCUACCAGCUUGAGGGAUGGAGAUUCACAAGCCUGUCUCCUUGAGUGUGAUGACAAUUGCGCUCAAGGUGGUCAAUGCUGCCCCAAAAAGUGA